CUGUGUAUCUCAGUCCAUCUCAUCAUCUCCAAGGCAGCAAGAGCUCCUAAGCAGUCUUAAAGAUGUCCUCAAGAAUGAGCCUGAGUUAUUCCUCCUUUGGAGGUUCAAGUGGAAGUGGUGGAAGAGGCUUUGGAGGAGGCUCAGCGCGAAAGUUUUAUUCUUCCAGUGUGUGUGGUGGUGCAGGUGGCUCCGGGGCCAAAAUCUCUGUUUCCAGUUUUGGUGGUGGAAGAAGUGGAGGUGGAGGUGGAGGUGCCGGUGUCGGUUUUGGUUAUGGCUAUGGAGGGGGUGCAGGUUUUUGUGGAAGUGAGGGCCUGGACCUCCAUGUUGGGGCCAAUGAGAAGGCCACCAUGCAGAACCUGAACGACCGUCUGGCCUCCUACCUGGAUAAGGUGCGCAACCUUGAGAAGGCCAACGCCGAGUUGGAGCUCAAGAUCCGCAAUUUCUUGGACAGUAAGAGCUCCCCCAGUGCCCGUGACUACUCUGCUUUUGAGGCCACCAUUGCUGACCUGCAAGGAAAGAUCCAGGAUGCCACCCGAGUCAAUGGAGGCAUCUAUCUGUCCAUUGACAAUGCAAAACUGGCAGCAGAUGACUUCAGAACCAAGUACGAGAAUGAGCUUGCCAUGCGUCAAUCAGUGGAGGCAGAUAUUGCCGGUCUUAAGAGACUGUUGGAUGAGCUGACACUGGCCAGAUCAGACCUGGAGAUGCAGAUAGAAGGCCUCAGGGAGGAGCUCAUCUUCCUCAAAAAGAACCACGAGGAGGAAUUGGAAGCCUUGAGAAGCCAGAUGAGUGGACAGAUCAAUGUGGAGGUGGAAGCCAAAAACCAGCCGGACCUGAGCAACAUUAUGGCUGAGAUUCGUGAGCAGUACGAGCAACUGGCUAACAAGAACCAGAAAGAACUCGAAACCUGGUUCCAAACAAAGACAGAGACUCUGAACAAGGAGGUGGCAGCCAGCACAGAAACCCUCUCAACUACCAAGACAGAAAUCACUGAACUCCGUCGCACACUACAGGGCCUGGAGAUUGAGCUGCAGUCCCAACUGAGCAUGAAAGCAGCCCUUGAAGGCACUUUAGCUGACACAGAGGCACGGUAUGCCAUGCAGCUCCAAGGCCUCCAGUGUCAGGUGACGUCCCUGGAAGAGCAACUGAUGUGUCUGCGCGCUGACAUUGAACAACAGAGCCAAGAAUACAAUAUGCUGCUCGACAUAAAGACACGGCUGGAGAUGGAGAUCGCAGAAUACAGGAGGCUGUUGGACGGAGAGGGCAGUACUCCCUUUCCCCGUGGGUUUGACUCUACCAUGACUAAGUCUUCCAAGGUGGUAGUGAUCACAGAGGAACUGAAGGACGGAAAGGUGGUGUCCUCCUCUACUACCACCACCUCCUAAUCGUUCUCAUGCAGAAAACGCAACACAAGGGGCCUGAGGACCACAAGCAGAAACACUUGCCAAUAUUUCCUUCACAUACACAUGUGAAUACAAUAAAAGGCUGCCAGUUUGAUACCUA